AUGGUGUCACACCGGCGAAGAGAUCUCGCCAACGGCCGCAGGAGAGUUGAAGAUGAGGGCGAAGAGGAAGGUUCCGUGGCGGGAGAGGUUGAAGAAGACUCAAUGAGCGAAGCUUCAGCAUUCACAGACCAUGAGGACGAUGCGGAUGCGGAUGACAGUGAUUUAAGCGAAGCUGAUGGCAUAGAGUCAUUAGAGGCAGAGGAAGUCAAGGCGAAAGCCAAUGGACAUGUUGCGAGCAAGGAUGAAGAUGGACACGCGGAAGAAAAAAGAUCUCCUAAAGCUGUCACUGGGGAUACGGAAGUAAUGAUGAAUGGGCUUGUCAGAUCAGAUAAUGUGAAUGGGGCGGAAGAGUUUCAUUUCGACGAGCUCGGCGAUGAGAGCUCUCAACCACAAGAAGGAGUGGCAAGCCAGGAAUCUGUCGCAACAAAGCAGGAAACCCUGACGGAUCGGCGGCGCCGGGAGCAUGAAGAAUACCGGAGGAAGCGAGAUGAGGAUCCCGCUUUUGUUCCUAACCGUGGAGGCUUUUUCAUGCACGACCAUCGAACAUCGGCGCCGGGACAAAAUGGCUUCAGACCGUUUGGGAGAGGCAAAGGCCGCACCAGAGGAGGAUUAGGUGGCCCAGUGUCCAUUAAUCCAAACCCACAAGCCCAGGAAGCCACCGACUCUCCCUGGACACACGAUCUACACGAGACAGUGGCAGACGCAGCGCCUCGAGCUUUGGGACCACACGCAACAUCCUCUAACGGGGCUCCCAAUACGUCAUCGAAACCAUCACAACCAGCGCCAAAGCCUUCUUCACCUCCAAAAAAUUCAUUUUCCACCACGACGCAUAUUGGCAAUGUGCAAAUACGAGUGCUGCUUCCGGGCAUGGCCAAUCCCAUUGCCUUUUCUGCAGUUCCUGUGAAGCAGCACACUCGUCUUCCGGAACAUCGCCCUCCUCUCCGACGCGACAAACCGGUGCGAAUCUCUCUUCCGGACAAUCCCCCGCACUAUAUCUUUCCGGCCAUGGAACGAUCGUUCAUUUUCAUUCCUCGAGCUCUACGGCCCAACCAACAAGGCUUUGGCCGCGUCCGCGGUAGACCAGGUAUGCCACCGUUUGGCGGGUUUUCUAGUCGUCGGACAAGCAUGUAUGGCGGAAGUGUCUAUGCUCCAUCGGCAGCCAUGAGUCGGCGAUCGUCGCUUGCAAGAGAAGUCCCCAGAGAUGCGAUCAUCUCGCCGACGGGUUCGACUAUGUCGCGUGCGCCUGCAGUGCUCGAAGCCGGCAAACCGGUCGUGCGCUUGCCACCGACGGCCCAACCGGUCCUACCGCCGGAUUCGUUGCCUCCUAGGCCUGAGAUGCCAAUGCCCGAGGCCCCCGUUCCCGUCGUCAAUCUGCCUCAACCUCAGGCGUACCCUCUUCCACAAAGGCCGGCCUUCCGCGAGAAUCGUACGGCACCUCUGCCAAUGCACCAGCCUCGACCACAAAAGACGGUGUCGGUGGCAGAUAUUGAGUCGCCCGCUGGCAUUCCGUUCACUCAUCCUCCCCAGCAACAACAGCAGCCCUUUCACCAACAGGUUCCUCUUCAAGUCAAUGGUCAAACAUAUUCUGCCGACGUCACGACCGCUUAUCCCCAGCACCCUCGCUCUGGGUCGUUUGCGGCUCCAGCGUCGGCGGCCACGCCUCUCUCGCAUCUGCCCGAGCGCGCUAUCCAUGCCCAGCCUUUCCAGCCACAGCAGUAUACUCAACAGCCGUAUUACCCAGCGGUUUAUCCGCCUCAAGGGGUGUAUUAUUACCCGGCUCCUGCACCUGAUGGCAGCCAGCCGGCAUAUGCUCCUACCCUCACGGCGCCAGCGGCCGCUCCUGUCUUUGUACCGAGCCCUCAGCAAAAUGCUUAUCUGAUGCCCGCCGCUCCUGCUCCCCCUGUGCAGAAUCCAUCAGGAACAGUGGCGCAUGAAAGUAAUGGCAUGGUCUAUUAUUACGAUUCGUCACAAAUCUAUAUGAAUCCCGGUGACGGAUACGCUGGGGCAAGCUAUGGAGUACCAGCCUCGGGCAUGGGUAGCAUGAUGAGCAUGGCUUCUAUCAGCAACGGCAUGGAUCCUGAAACUCCCAUUACUAUCAAGGUUGCCAUCGAUGGCACUAAUCGCCGAUUCAAGCUCCCGCUCAAGGACUUGUCGGCCAACGUUCUUCCCUUCAAGCUUCGACACCUUUUGUCUAUCCCCCCAACCCACAGAGUUUUCUUUGAGCGCUACUCGGAUAGUGCCGGAGCCUUUAUGGUUCUCGAUCCUGCCAAUCCCUCUGUUUAUAAACAGCUCUAUCGUGCCGCCAAAGCCAAGCUCAAGCUUCGCAUUCGAGCUACAGUCGUCCCUGAGACUCCAGAAACGUCUCAGCAAGAUAAGAUUAGCGGGCAAGAGUCUGCCCAAGAGCCAUCCACUUCGUCUGACCUCUUGGGUUCUGCUGCCGCGAUGCCUUCACCCGAGCAGUCCACUCCUGCUUCGCAGAGCAACAACUCAGUUCAACUGCCUAUCACUACGCCCGCCUCCGUUGCACCCCCAGUUUUGGCUCCCGCCACUACACCUGAACAGGCGUCCCAGGACGAUGACCUCAAGCAUAUUGGUGCCGAACUAGUCGAACAGCUAAAGCGUAUGGGCCAUGAUCAAGAAAACCUGCCACUCCCGCCGCCCUACAAUCCACCAUCGGCUGGGGAAAGGGAAAGGUUCUACGCUACGUUGGCCCACAUGUCCAAAGAGCGCGAGCUUGGCCGCCGUACUCAAGAGGCCCCGGCACCAUUGCCACCGACUUGGUCGGUCUAUUGUAACAACUGCGAUAAGGUUGUGAAUGACGCCCAUUACCACUGCGGCAUCUGCGACAAUGGAGAUUUUGAUCUCUGCCUCGAUUGCAUUGAUGCUGGCGUCGUCUGUGCGGGCGAGGGUCACUGGUUGGUUAAGCGAUUCGUUAGGAAUGGUCAGGUUAUCACCGGCCAGACGGAGAUUUGUCCCCCUAAGAAGAAGAUGACGGACGCAGGUUCUGCGCCCACGGCUCCCGUCAUUGCGGAGGAAAAGACGGUGCCGAGUGCUCAGCGCUCAAUUCCCAGCUUCUACAAUUAUUCGUACGAAAAGGCGCCUGAGCCCGUUGCUACCAGGACUCGCAUCUGUAACUCGUGCGUUGAGGAAUAUGCAGAGGAUCGCUGCGUCACUUGCACCAACUGCGAGGAUUUCGACUUGUGUUUGAAUUGCCACACUGGAAACAGACAUGGCCAUCACCCAUGCCAUGGCUUCAAGCCGGCAACUUCAUCAGUGGAGCUAGACCCCUUGGCCACCGCGCUGUGCGCUCCUGGACGUAAUACUCGUCACUUUGCCAUUUGUGAUGGCUGCGACAAGACCAUUUAUGGUGUCCGUCAUAAGUGCUUGAGCUGUCCCGAUUGGGAUUUCUGCUCCAACUGUAUCAAGACUUCCCGGGCCAGCCACCCUGGUCACCGCUUUGUGCCCAUAUAUGAGCAAAUGUCACUGCCGAGCCAGAGCAAGGCUAAGCACAUGGGUGUCUACUGCGAUGGACCUUUGUGCCGCGGUAAGCCUCACCAGUCGUAUAUUGUGGGCGACCGCUUCAAAUGUGCCGUUUGCCACGAUACCGAUUUCUGUGCCAACUGCGAAGCGUUCCCUGCCAAUAAGCACAAUCGCACUCAUCCCCUUCUCAAAUUCAAGACGCCUGUGCGGAGCGUAUGUGUGACGACUAUGCAUGCGGAUAAGCCUGGCGAGGAGAUUUUGCAGCUCGGAGACAAACCGGUGCGCAUGACCUCGACAUCGACUGAGACUGAAGCUGUGGCAACUACGAGCAUGAGUUCGACCGCCUCGGCCGCCAGUUCUGCAACAACUGUCCAGACAGUCGCAGAUUUGAAGCCGACUGAGGAGUCUCUGAGCGAAAAGGUUCCUGCUGAGGUUGAGGAGAAGGAGCAAGUCGCUGCGCCUUGCCCCCCUGUUGUUCGUUCCGAUCAGCUCAACGCUCACUUUAUCCGGGACGUUGUGGCCGAUGGCUCCAAGGUCCCUGCCAACAAGGUGUUCAAGCAGACUUGGACUCUGAGGAAUCCCGGUCCUCAUGCCUGGCCGGCCGGCUGCAGUGUCCGGUAUGUGGGCGGAGACAAUAUGCUCAACAUUGAUGCGAAACACCCGUCCACCAUUGCUGAUGUGAGCCUUGCUAUUGAGAGCAACAAGACAACUGAGGAGGUGUCCGUUGGCGAAAUGGUUGAUUUCUCCCUUGUCAUGAAGGCACCUCCACGCGAGGGCAAGGCCAUUUCCUACUGGCGUCUCAAGGCUGCUGACAACACCCCCUUUGGCCACAAGCUGUGGUGCGAUAUUGAUGUGUAUGCAGAAGAGCCUGAGCCGAUCAAGGAGGAGCAGGAGGGGCAGGCUACUCCCAAGGCGGCUGUCGAGCCCAUUGACGUCUCGAUUGUCCAGGACAAGACCGAGGAGAGCAGCACCAUGAUCUUCCCAAAGUUGGACAAGGAGUCGCCUGUGUCAAGCACUCAUGAAGCUGCUGCUCCUUUGUCUCCCACGAGCACCGACCAGAAGCCCGACACGCCCAAGCUUAGCAGUGAUGCGGACGAGCAGGACCUUCUCGAGGAUAUUGAGAGUCUGGAGCUUGGAUCCGACGAGCACACUGAAGAUGGCUUCCUCACUGACGAAGAAUAUGAUGUUCUAGAUGCCAGUGAUGAGGAAAUCUUGUCCGAGGGCAAAGUGUCCCGGAAGUAG